CUCUUGUGUCUACUGUGUGCUUGUCUGUGCGACGACUAUCUACCUACCUACUCUGAUCGAUCGAGGACUCCUUGUUUUCCUUCAUGUUGAUGAAGAUUGAGACGUAGAAGACAGAACAUUUCACAGGUUUUUCUUAUUGGUCUCAGGAUAUGGGGUGAGCGCAGUUAAUAUAAAACUCUAGUCGUUAGGUGUGAAAAAUGGCUAUUGCUGGAAUAAAUAAUGUUUCGGUGCUUGAUUCUUCUUAUCUUGGUGAGAAUUAUUCCCCAGUAUCAAGGAGGUGGGGUAAUCAAGAGAGGCCAAUCUCCCGAACAUCUUUUAUCCGGAAAAUGUGGCGGGAUCUUGAAGGCGAGAGCAGAUUUAGGGACAAUGAAAGGCAACAGACAAGUGGCAUGGGGUAUGGUAGCAUUGGAAGCCUAUGCUCAUGUUCAUCAGGUGGGGCUGAAGGUGAGGAUCUGUCAGUAAAUACCAGUGAAGUUGAGAAUGAGUGUCCCAGGGACCAGAACCAGAUGGGGCUUCAGAAUGGACAAGAGGAUGAUGGGAACAUGUGCUUACAGCGCUUGCCUGCUUUUGGUGUAGCAGAAAAACAGAGAGUGAGGCAAGUUUUCCGUGAGUGGGGAAGCAAAAACUGUAGUGGGCGUGCAUUGAAUGUUUCACAUAAGAACAACUGUUCAAGGGCUCAAUGGCUUUGCGAAUAUGAAUGCAAGAGGGUGAGGACAGUGAGACAAUGGAUAGAGUUGAACACUCAGCAAGCAGAAACUGGUCAUUCUGGUGCAGAAGAGCAAGGUACUGAAAUUGGUUGUCAGAUCGAACAAGGUCGAGAUGGAUUGGGUGUCAAUCAUACUCGGGUUGGUGCUCGAAGGUCUAUCUGUAGGCUAUAUGGCAGACAGGCUCUUCUUGACUUACUAACCAGGUUUGAGAGGGAAAGGAAAAGAGAACUGCGGAGUUUGUUGGAGAAUAGGCCAGUAACAAAUUUUGCUCAUCGGAAUCGACUUCAGUCAUUGCUCAGAGGUAGAUUCCUGUGGAACCAAAGAUUUGUACAAGAUAAAAAGUGUACUUCUAUUGCAGCAAGUGAGUUGGGGUUAUUGAGGCAAACACAUACGGUAUCUGAUUUGAGGAAAGGAUUCCUGUCCAGGUUGGAUAACUAUGGACCUAUGCCUGAUGGCUCCCAGUCUGAUACCUCAUCCAACAAUGACAUGAAAUACCAUCAAGAAAACUUUCAGGAGCUACCAGAUGAUAUUGCUGAUGAAUUUGAGUCACCUAACAUGAGAAGUGAUAUCAGUGGAACUCACAAAGUUGACUGGGAAGCCGACACUUGUGGAAGUUCCCGAGAAUAUUCUGCUCCAGCAGAAGAAAGGCAUGAACAAGGUUUGGAAGACGAGGGAAGGCAGCAACAACCAUCGACUGAGUUUAUUGGAAUCGGGGACAUAGACCAGGACCAGGAUCAAGAGGGUUUAGUGGAAAGGAGUCAGGGUGUUUGUCAUAUUGAAUUGUCUCAACGAGCUUUGGAACUUGAAUGCACAACACGAGGUCUAUUUCAGUCCAAUUGGGAAGAACCAGAAGUUCGUGAGGCAUCUGAACAUCAUGAUCCUUCAGAAACAAAUACAGAUAGCUUAUCUUGGCAUGGUUCUGCAGAGGAGUGGCAGGAACCACUUACUGAAGACAAUGGUAUUGAAUGGCAUCAUUUGACUAAUACUGAGUCAGAUGGGGGUUUAGAUGCAGACUCAAUUGAGCACGAGCAUGAAUGGUACCAAGAAACAGCUGUGAGUGAUUUUCAAGAAUCACAUAAUGUGUGGUACGACAACACGGACACAGUGGAGGAUACUACAGAAAGUUGGUUUGCUCCUCAGGUGGUUAGAAGAGAUGCAUUUUAUACCUCUGAUGAUGAUAAUAAUGGUAACAGGCUAGAACUUCGAGAACUUAUGAGCAGGAGAAGAGUCUCUAAUCUUCUUCAAAGUGAUUUCCGUGUGAGACUGGACCAGCUGAUACAAUCAUAUGUAGAACGGCAAGAUCAGGCCUCUGAAUCUGAUGAUGAGUGGAUGCUAGAGAGAGAGCAGCAAGAUCAGGAUCAGCAGAGUGUCCAUGGAAAUGAUGAUGCCACCGAGGCUGUUGAGGGACCAGAAGGUGCUCACUCUUCAGCACCUGCCACCUCUCAGACACACCAAGAUGAUACUGAAUGGGAGAUGAUCAAUGGCCUAUGUAUUGAUAUGGCUAGGCUUCAAGAACGGAUGAAUAACAUGCAGACAAUGGUUGAGACAUGCAUGAAUGUGCAACUUGAGUUGCAACGCUCAGUGCAACAAGAGGUUUCGGCAGCUCUAAAUCGAUCAUCUACUUCAGAGGACGAUCGUUUGCAAACAGAUGAAUCUAAAUGGAAAGCUGGCAAGGAAGAGGCUUGCCCCCUAUGUUGUGACAGUAGUUUUGACUCCUCACCCACUAGGUGUGGACCUGUGUAUAUAUGCUCAAAAUGUGCUGUGAAGAUAAACUGGUCGAAGCUAAAGGAAAGUGUCAGGCACCCGUAAAUCAAGCUGAGGUGAAACCAUACUCUUACUCUACAAUAUUUAACACCAUAAAAAGGAGAAUUAGCUGUUGGAAUAAGAAGAUCGAGUUUGAGUUUCGUCUAGCGUCUCCCAAAACCCGAUCAGGUGAUAGAUGGUAUACAUAAACGAGCGAGUUUUGAUUCGAUCGUUAACCUUAAGUUUAUGAAAUUAAUAAAUUGGUGAAAUGAUCUUUAUAUGGUGAGUGAAUGGAGGUGGGCAAGCUGCUCAAACUGAAUGCUUUGCUGAAUGGCAAACAAACUAGUGGUAACGCCAUGAUGAUAACAAGGCCGAUCGUUAUCUAGCUUUGAAGCUUUUUGUCUAAUUUUGAUGAUGACAUGAUCGUUUAUGAAAUGUGAGAUGUAAUUUAUGCCGGCACCAAGAAAUGCAUUCACCCAACUUUUACUUAUUAUGAUUUACGAUAUACAAUAUCUUUUACUA